UUUGUUGAAAAGUCUAUAUAUAGAGCACAAGCCACUAGCUUUUUCUUCCAUGUAAAGCUAAUAUUUUGGCUCUUUUAUAUCACUAUAAUUUGCUUGUUUUCUAUUUCGGGUUGAGAGUUCAAAUGGAGUUUCAUCUCCCAGACAUCCUUGUUUUUCUCGCUAUUGCGCUAGUGACAUGUCAUGCCGCCUCACCACCUGAGGAAUACUGGAACUCAGUUCUGCCUAACACGCCAAUGCCAAAAGCUGUCAAAGAUCUUCUACAGCCAGACUUCAUGGACCAAAAAGGCACUUCCGUCAUUGUAGGGAAGGGAGGGGUAAAUGUUGAUGCAGGGAAGGGAAAGCCGGGAGGAACUACUGUUAAUGUAGGGAAGGGCGGAGUAAAUGUUAAUUCAGGAAAAGGAAAACCCAGCGGCACUUCUGUAAACGUUGGGAAGGGUGGAGUAAAUGUAAACACAGGGAAAGGAAAACCGGGUACUACUGUUAAUGUGGGAGGUAAAGGCGUUGGUGUUAACACUGGAAAGCCUGGGAAGAGAACCAAUGUAAGUGUUGGCAAAGGUGGAGUAACUGUUAACACUGGACACAAGGGAAAGCCUGUAUAUGUUGGAGUAAAACCAGGGCCAGACCCAUUCGCCUACAAUUAUGCUGCCACCGAAAAUCAACUUCAUGAUGACCCAAACGUGGCUCUAUUUUUCAUGGAAAAGGACAUGUAUCCCGGCAAAACCAUGAACUUGCACUUUACCAAAAACACAAACCCAACAACUUUCUUACCACGUCAAAUUGCCAAUUCACUACCCUUUUCAUCGAACAAGUUACCAGAAAUUUUUAACCAGUUUUCAGUAAAAGAGGGAUCAAUGGAAGCUGAGAUAAUGAAGAAUACAAUCAGAGAGUGUGAAGAACCUGGAAUUAAAGGAGAGGAGAAACAUUGUGCAACUUCACUAGAGUCAAUGAUUGACUUCAGCACUCACAUGCUUGGAAAGAAUGUUCAGGCAAUAUCCACAGAGGUGGAAAACCAAACUCAGUUGCAGAAAUAUAUAAUUACAGCUGGAGCAAAGAAGAUGGCGGGUGACAAAUCUGUGGUGUGCCACAGGCAGAACUAUGCGUAUGCUGUCUUUUAUUGCCAUUCAACACAAACCACAAAGGCUUACAUGGUUUCCUUAGAGGGUGCUGACGGAACAAAGGCUCAAGCAGUAGCAAUCUGCCAUACAGAUACAUCAGCUUGGAACCCAAAGCAUUUGGCCUUCCAGGUGCUCAAAGUAAAGCCAGGAACAGUUCCUGUUUGCCAUUUCCUUCCUCAGGACCACGUUGUUUGGGUUCCCAACUAGACGCCUGCAGAAAUAUUAUACAGUUAGUCCCAUCUUCAGUCAUGACAGUUUAUUGUAACUAAAUGCCCACUGUAUUUGGUUCUACAUACUUCAGAACUUUUUACAUAGCAGUGUUCGGUAAUAAAUAAAAUCUCCUGUUCCAUCUUCCUAA